UGAAUAUUAUGCCUUUGUACAGGUUAGCCAGGAUUGAUGAACAUACUCAUUUGCUUAAUUUUUAAAUUAUUCUGGACACUUUUUACACUUCACUGUCCAUUCUGUGUCAGUUUUUUUGAUGAGUUAGUUUGCUUGAGGCUGUGCUAAGCUUCUUCAUUCAUGUAGAAGCUAUUUAGGCUUUUUAGUUUAUCGCAUGGGUAGAGCAUAAAGUGCUUGACAAAAUUUGAUCUGACAGCUUUACAAUUAUGUAACAUAGAACAGAAGCUUAAAAACAACAAAGAAGAGGAGGGGGAACCAAGAGAUUUAUCCUAACCUGUAUUUCUCUCUGGAACCUUACCGCUCUAUUCUUGGCUUUCUAAAUUGUCAUAUCUGCCAAAAGAGAAUGGCGUUCCCUGUGGAUAUGCUGGAUAAUUGCAGUCAUGAGGAACUGGAAACUGCUGCUGAAGAUUACAUGUCAGAUUUAAGGUGUGGGGAUCCUGAAAAUCCAGAGAGCUUUUCUCUUCUCAAUGUUACGAUUCCUAUUAGCCUGUCAAAUGUAGGCUUCGUGCCUCUUUAUGGUGGAGAUCAAACUCAGAAAAUUCUUGCUCUCUUUGCUCCUGAGGAUUCACUCACAGCUGUGGCACUUUACCUUGCUGAUCAGUGGUGGGCAAUUGAUGAUAUUGUGAAAACAUCUAUCCCUUCAAGAGAAGGGCUCAAGCAGGUGAGCACUCUUGGGGAGAGAGUGGUUCUAUAUGUUCUGAAUCGAAUUAUUUAUAGAAAACAGGAAAUGGAGAGAAAUGAGAUCCCAUUUCUGUGUCAUAGCCGUACUGAUUAUGCUAAGAUUCUGUGGAAGAAAGGAGAGGCCAUUGGGUUUUAUUCAGUUAAACCUACAGGAAGCAUAUGUGCCUCAUUUCUUACCCAAAGUUACCAACUGCCAGUUCUUGAUACAAUGUUUAUAAGAAAGAAGUUUAGAGGAAAAGAUUUUGGGCUUCAUAUGCUGGAGGAUUUUGUUGAUUCCUUUACAGAAGAUGCACUUGGCUUGAGGUAUCCACUGUCUUCUCUUAUGUACACAGCUUGCAAACAGUACUUUGAAAAGUACCCAGGAGACCAUGAACUCCUUUGGGAAGUUGAGGGUGUUGGACACUGGUACCAGCGAAUACCAGUUACCAGAGCAUUACAGAGAGAAGCGCUUAAAAAUACAGCAGUUUCUCAGAAUGAAGCUAAGAGACCUAUAUCUGGAGACUAUGGUCUUGCAUCUGUUCCAGAAUAUGAAGCAAGAACUGAAGACCCUCAGACCAGUGAGAUGCAGCUAACGAUUGAUUCUCUAAAAGAUACCUUUGCAAGCACUUCUGAAGGUCAUGAUAAAACAUUUGUUUCCACACGUACUCGGAGUAGUCAUCUAAAGCGGCCCAAGAUUGGGAAACGGUUUCAAGAUUCUGAAUUGACUAGUUCACUAGGUGAAGAUGAAAAGACUCCUCAGACUUCACCUACAGCUUCAAUAAACAAAUUGGACGCUACUGCACGCACAUCAGAGAGCUCAGAAGAAUUCCUGGAAGAAGAACCAGAGCAGAAAGUGAUUGAAUUUGAGGAUGAAAGCAGUGAUAAAGAUGCCAGGCCAGUGCCAGAAACCCAGCCACACCUGGAGAAACAAGAUGGUGAAAAGGAAUCUGAAUUAGAGCCUAUGAAUGGUGAGAUAAUUGAUGAUGCCCUUAAGACCUCACUUGUAACUGAAGAGGAGGACUCCACUAGUGAAGGUUUAGAUGAAGAAUUGAAAUUGCAGUCUUUUAAUUCCAGCGAAGAUUCUACAAAUCUUGUUCCACUGGUGGCCGAAUCUUCAAAACCCCCUGAGACUGUUGCAGCUGAUAAGAUUCCACAUAUAACUGACUCAGAUACGUUGAUAGACCAAGGCCCAUCUGAUGAAAAGGGGCACACUGAAGAGAAACUGUCCCUCAUUCCCAAAAAGAAAGCGCAUUUUGGGAGUUCAGACAGUGUUGCUACUCUCUCAAAUGAAGAACGAUCAGACAGUGGUUUUCCAAACUCUGUGACACCUGAAUUUUCUGAAGAACCAGUCUCUGAGAAUUUAUCACCCAAUACCACUUCCUCGUUGGAAGACCAGGGCGAGGAGGGGGUAACUGAGCCCCAGGAAACGUCUACUGCUCUUCCCCAGAGUUCUCUGAUAGAGGUAGAACUUGAAGAUGUGCCAUUUUCACAGAAUGCAGGACAGAAAAACCAGUCUGAGGAGCAGUCUGAAGCAUCUUCUGAACAACUGGAUCAGUUUACACAAUCUGCAGAAAAAGCUGUGGACAGCAGCUCUGAAGAAAUAGAGGUGGAAGUGCCUGUGGUAGACAGGCGGAAUUUAAGAAGAAAGGCCAAAGGGCACAAAGGACCUGCUAAGAAGAAAGCCAAGCUGACCUGAAGAAGAAGUACAGAUGAUAAAUCCCCUUCUUUGUAACAUAAUUGUUGUUUUUAAAAUAGGGUAAUAAGCAGCAUGGGGCACAGGACAAAAAUUUCCAAAGUUACACUUUCAACUUGUUUAUGAUGCAGUUUUUCUCUUCACUUUAGGACCUAGAAUUCACCAUUCUUUUAAAUUUUCAGGCUGUUUUGUGUAAAUACAAUUUUUUAUUUUUAUUAACCAUGUUUCAAUUUUGGGGAACCAGAUCAUAUUAUAUUUUGUUUAGUGGUGGGACAUCUGACCAUUAAUGUUUCAAAAAAUGCAAGCUAAAAAACUGAAAGUAUAGGCUUUCCAUUACCUGUAAGAGUCACAGAAAUCUUUAUAUUAAGGAUUUUAAUUGUAAAACUUGCUGAGGGUCCUAGGAGUUUUAUCUUCAAUAUCAUAAUCAGGACUUUUUUAAAUGUAGGCAUGCCUAAACAAAAAUAAGUGUCAAUAAAUUAGAAUAAAUAUAACUUCAAGUAUAUGAGAGCACAAAAUCAGAAACUUAAGUCAAAGUUUAUGAAGGUGAUAUUUUGGUUUUAGCCAUGUAAUUUUAGUCACACAUGCAGUUUCUUCCUUAAAUUCACUGCCUGUGGAAAGGUAUACACAAAAUCUUGUUUCUCUCACAUAACAUUUGAUAUUAAAAGUACUGCUAGGGAUUUAAUUGUGGCAUAUAGGCACUGAUUAUUCAAACUUUCUUUGCUCUUUUUUUCUCUGCAUUUUUACAGAUGCUUACAAGCUUAAAGAGUAUGCAUUUACAUUUAAUCAGGUAAACAUCCAAUAUUAUAUUAUAUUAGAGAUACAGUUUAACUUGGGCUAUCUGAUCCCUGUUAGAAAUAAGUCAGUUAAACUGGAGACUGUACUGUUGUGCCCACUCAAGUUAACAUCUGUACUUUCAGAAGUAUAAAGUCUCUUUCUUAACUGCUGGUUCAAAUUGACUUCCCUUAAAUUCCCUUCCUCAGACUUCUGCCACAGCUGUCAUUCUAGAAUCUUAUUUACAUUCCCAUCCCCCACCUCCCCAGCUUUUCAUCCACCUCUCUUAAAUAACUCUUGGGAUGAUUUCCCCAAGUCAGAAGACCUGCUGUCUGCCUGUCUUUUUAGCUUACACCCUUGCUGUCCAUAUUUCAGUAGAUUUGGAACUGCGAAAUCCCACAAUUUCAGACCUAAAUGGCAGUAGUAAAGUUGCCCUCAGACUGUAGUUACAAGACCUUCAGUCAAAUUGGAGAUGUAAGUUAGCCUUUUGAUCUUGCCCACUCUUGUUUUUUCUGUGAAUACUGGUUGCAAGCUAGCCUGUUAUGUGUACUUCGUGUUGAGUAGAAAAAUUUGGGGGAAAAAUACCUCUCGACUAUUAAUUUUUGCAUGGUAAUUAAAAAUGAAAAUGGGUAUUUGUUGACUCUAAAGACAAUCUCAGAACAGGCCUGGUAUUUGGAGGUAUUACAAAUUUGCACUUAAGUUGAUGAAUAUUUUGAGACUAGAUUGUUUUUAAAAACAGCUUGCUCUUGAUCCUUCUGUGAAAUACAUUAUGACUUUCAUAUUACUGAGGUACAGAAGAUUGAUGUUAAAGGUUCAUUCAGUCUUCAGUCAGGUGAUGUCAUAUUGUUGUACUUUAUUUGGGGAUGUUACUAUUUUAGAGAGAUCUAAUUAGUUAAAAUCUGAAUGCAAGCCAAAUAGUAAACUCUCCCAUUCAUGUAACACCUUGAACACUUACAUGCUUUAUAUUUAGUUAUUGGGUCAGAAGUAAGACAGAUUCUUUCAUUCUCAAAAUUGGCCAUUUGUUUUCUCAAUAAAUGCUAAUAAGGUGAAAGAAUGGCUGAAACUAGUGAGUAAAACCUACCAGUCAUGCUGUUUUAUACAUUUUAUGAGAAACUUCUAUUUAAUAUCACAAUUAGGGAAAUAACUAAAGAUUCUGUUAAGAUCCAGGAAGUUCUUAAUGUUUCCAUUUUUCAUGUCUUAAAGAGAUUUAAAAACAGUACUUUGAUAUUUCCUGAAGAUUGAGCUGACAACUCCAUGUAUGAAUAUAGUUUGAGUUCACAACACGGAAACAGUUAUUCAUAUAAAAUCACUGGAGACUGAUGGUAUAAGCUUAUACUUGUUAAACCUGUUUAAACAGCAAAUGGAUUUUCAACAGUUUCAAAACUUUCUUCAACAUACCAAAAAAAAUUUAUAUAUUAUCCCUUGAUAGUUAGAAAAUGUUACUUGGGUUGCUAAAGCGUAAAGGAGAAGUGAGGUAGAUGGGAGAACCUUUCACAUUCAGUAACUUAAGAAUUUAUAACAAAAAUUACCUUCAAUAGUCUGAAUAAUAAACUUAGAUAUUUGUAGUUUUUCUAAGGCAGUAGAAGAAAAUCUUAAGAACUAAGGACUGAAAUGUGAUUUCAGCCAGCAAGUCUAAUUGUUACAUAGUUCUUUGUGAACUUAUUUGUUUAGAAGUUGUUUAUGAAGGGAGUUCACUUUUUGUGUAUAUACAUAUAUAUUUCUUUGUAUAAUAUAAAGCAGAUGGUUAUUACAAAAAUUUUAGUUCUCCUUUCAAGUUUAAAUUAUUCAAUUACUAGGCAUCACAGAAAUUAGUCUAAAUUUUUAUUACAAAGCUCCUCUGCAACUUUUAAAGGUGAGAAGUUCUAUUGCGGUUUUUUUUUUUUUAAUAUAAAAUCAAACAGCAUGACUUAGGAUGUCUUCUGUCUAAAAUGUGUUUAUAUUUAUGGUGUUUUCAUACAUUGAGAUGGUAAUAACAUCUAAUAUAAUGGUUUACUUUUUGAAGAUUACCAGAAUACUACCUAAAACGGUUUCGUAACUUUAGAAAACAUCCAGAAGGCUUAUCAUUGCAUACAAUUGAGCCUUUACCUAAUAUCUAAGUAUCUGCUCUUAUGUUCUACUUUAUCUUUGGAAUUACCUUCUAAGGUUCGGGUACACCAGCAAACUGAAACAGAUCUCAAUGUAAAUAAGAAUUUAUACUAACAUUGCUCAUCUGUGCAACAGUACUUUGGAGACAAAUUCUGCUUUGUCCACUAGUAGCAAUAUGGUGUUCAGGUAUAAUCGUCUUUCAUGGUUGUGAUUAGUUACAAAUGUUAUGCUUAUGUUUGCGUACUUACAUUAUAUAAAGCUUUCCUUGUACCUCACAAAAUACUCAUUUACUUUGUUCUGACUUCUAAAAAAUAAGCAAACCUCAUUUCUGCAGUAUCCAGUGAUUACCUGAAGUUAAUUUCAUUCUUUUACCUCCAGAAGUUGUCAUUCACACUUUGCCAAUUUUUAUUAAUGGUAAAGUCAUUUGUUAAAAUCUUAACUGUAAGAAAAGUUCAGCUCUGUCAUCAAGUGACUGUAUUAUCCAAGGUCAUCAUUUCCAAGGAAACUAGCUUUUCAUGUCUGUGUUCUAAAACUUCUAUGUCUAUGGAACUUAAGAAAAGAUGUUACAUCAUUCAGAAUAGCAAAUCUUACUGAGUACUUAUAUUUGUUUUCUUUAUAGUUUUUUUAAAGGUGAAAAGUAGUAAUUAAACCUAUAUUUUGUGUUU